AUGAAUAAUCAUGGUCGUUUAAAAUCUGAAUUAAUGUCAAUUAUUCGAAUGUUUGUUAAUGCACUUCCGAUGCGAUGUCAAAUUAAUUCUAAUCAUUCAUUUCAUGAAUUUGUAAAAUAUGUAGAUACAAUAGCUACACAAACAUUCGAACAUUCUUAUUUUUCUCUUCGACGUAUUCUUGCUCAACAUCCACAUAUUUCUCGUCCUACAUUUCUUGAUGUAUUCUUUGGAUUUGUUUCUUUUCCAACUGAACAUAAUCAUGAUGAAGUGACAGUAGGAGAUGUUCCUAUUUAUACUAUGCCUUAUUCAAUUCAAAUAAAUACAGAUGAAAUCGCAAGUAAAUUUGAUUUCUCUCUAAGUAUUAUACAUGACAUAAUAACUGAUCAAUUAUCAUGUACAAUCGAGGCAUCUCUUGGUUUGUUCAAUCCAUCAACAACAUAUAAAAUUGGACAACGGUUUCAAAUUUUACUUCAACAACUUUUCACAUCAGAUUUAAUAGAUCAAACUUAUUAA